AUGCGGCGCUGGCCGGCCUGGCGACCCCGGCUCCGCCCGCUGCUGCUCGACGUCGUCCUCCUCUACCUGGCGCUGCCCUUCCUCAUCCGCCUCUUCCCCGGGCUGCUCACCAAGUUCGUCUUCCUCAACUUCCGUGAGCACACGGUGCCGGGUCGCAGGGCGGCCGAGGCCCAUGGCAAGGACAGAGCCUGGUAUGAGGCGGCGCUGGGGGACGCUCAUCCCGUUAUCAUCUACCUGCACGGCAAUGGGGGCACCAGGGCGGCCAGUCACCGCGUGCAGUUCAUGAAGCUCAUGGGCGCUGCCAACUUCCACAUCCUGGCCCUGGACUACCGAGGCUACGGGGACUCCAGCGGCCACCCCACCGAGAGCGGCUUCACCACCGACGUCCUGGCCCUCUACGACUGGGCGAAAGCCCGGAGCGGCGACAGCCCCGUCAUCUUCUGGGGACACUCGCUGGGCACGGGGAUAGCGACGAACGCCGCCAGGAAGCUGCACGAAGAGAGAGGGGUGCAGGUUGACGCCGUGGUGCUGGAGUCGCCCUACACCAGCAUCCGCGACGCGGCCGCCCACGUCCCCAUCACCAAGCUCUUCGAGGCCGCGCGUGGCGCCUACGCCGACAAGGCCAAGGUGAAGCUCAUCACCUUCCCCAAGGAGCUGGGCCUGGGCCACGACUACAUCUCCUCCAACGCGGAGCUGCCCGCCCUGGUCAAGUGA